CUACAUAACCUGACAGAGGGAUUGUUUUGAUUGCCGUAAUACUCAUUGUAAUUAAGGAUCUCGUGAGAUAUGAGUUGUUAUUAUAAAAAUACACGAUAAUAGCAAAAAUGGCUGCGCCUUAUUUAGGCGUGAGUGACAUUGUUCACUUGAACGUUGGUGGUACUAGAUUUUCCACGUCUCGCCAAACACUGACGUGGAUCCAGGAUUCAUUUUUUACAGCACUGUUAAGUAACAGAAUUGACAGUCAUAAAGAUGAAACUGGUGCUCUUUUUAUAGACAGAGACCCAAAGCUAUUCUCUAUUAUAUUGAAUUAUCUUCGCACAAAAGACAUUGAUCUGAGAAGCAUAGAUAUCCGUAGUUUAAGGCACGAGGCUGAAUAUUAUGGUAUUACACCUUUAGUUAAGCGUUUGAUGCUCUGUGAAGAUUUGACUCAGUCAUCCUGUGGCAGUGUAUUAUUUUAUGGCUAUUUACCACCUCCAAAUAUUCCUCUUCAAGAACCUAUGGCAGUAACAUCAAAUGUCAGUGAUGUAUCUGUUCAUAUUAGAGUUGUGUCUAAUACCAACUCCAGAGUUGAUGGACCAUCUACAUCACAAUCUACAACUGCUGCCAGUUCCAUGAAUCAAAAUGCUACUACUGGCCAACAGAAUCACAAAACAAAUCUAGGGACCCACAUGAGGAAUUCCUCUUUAGAUUAUCGAUUGCCACAACGUGGUCUGCCACAUUCUCGCACACCAUCUUUAGAUCUGAGACAUGUUAGAAACAAUUCGGCGGAUCUGAAUAAGUUAUAUAGAAACGACAUCAGCUUAGUAUUUGGGCAACAGCAAGUUUCAUCAUGGGUAGAUCCGCUAAGAGUGCAAAUUAUAAAAGCACAUCACAACUGGAUAGUAAUCGCUUACGCGCACUUCAUAACAUGCUACCGAUUGAAAGACUCAUCCGGAUGGCAACAUGUGUUCACCAGUCCGCACAUCGAGUGCAUAAUAGAGCGUGUAGCUAUAAACGCGAAGAUGGCCUGUGCCAUAGCGGAUAGUAAAAUGGUUGCUAUUUCCUAUGGUAGCCAAGUAAGACUCUGGGGCAUAUACGAGGAAGGGAUUACUAGACUAUCUAAAGUAGGCACAUUCAACUUGAACGUACGCGUGGAAUAUCUGUUCUUUAUUGGCAGUCAGUUGGUUGCAUUGUCACCGACCGGGAAAAUCGGUGUGUGGCACGCAAUGACUCAUCACUGGCAGAUACAAGAUGUAGUACCUAUUUUGUCUUUCGACACGGCCGGAUCCUUUCUGUUAUUAGGUUGCAACAAUGGAUCUAUUUAUUAUAUCGAUAUGCAAAAGUUUCCUUUGCGGAUGAAAGAUAACGAUCUGCUCGUGACUGAAUUAUAUCGAGAUCCAAGUUGCGAUCCCAUAACUGCAAUAUCUGUGUAUUUGACGCCGAAAACAACACAAGGUCUCUGUGGAAACUGGAUAGAAAUUGCAUACGGCACGAAAUCUGGUAGUGUCAGGGUAAUCGUGCAGCAUCCAGAAACUGUGGGUCAUGGUCCGCAGUUAUUUCAAACGUUCACAGUACAUCAAAGCAGCGUAACUAAGGUGACGUUGUCAGAAAAGUACCUAGUAUCAGUCUGUUCGGAGUAUAAUCACGUACGAAGUUGGGCGGUGACUAGAUUUCGUGGAAUGAUUUCGACUCAACCAGGGUCAAUGCCUGAGGCAAGCUUCAAAAUCGUUUCCUUGGAAGCAAUCGACCCUUGCGUCAGUUACAAUGCCGGCAACGACUUCGGUCCGUUUGGUGAGCAAGACGACGAGCAAGUGUUCGUGCAGAAAGUUGUGCCUGAAACUGACCAAUUGUUCGUUCGAUUAGCAUCGAACGGGAAAAGGGUUUGCGUAAUACAAUCGGUGGAUGGCAGCAUCAUAAGCUCGUUUUACGUACACGAGUGCGAAGGUAUGGGCUCAAGGCCCAGACGUUUCAUAUUCACCGGUCAUUCUAACGGCACUAUACAAAUGUGGGAUCUCACGACGGCAUUGGAUCCGUCUUUCAAUGCCUAUCAAGCAACAGAUUCCUCCGGUGGACCUACACCAGAAGAACUUUGGAAGCUAUUGGAUCAAUGUGACCUUAGCAACAGUCAUUGUUCGACACCUUGUAUCAGUCCUUCUCCUUCGUUGAUCGCUGCCGGACCUAGGAUUAAGACGAGUAACGUCUUGUUUCUUAAUCAGUCGCAGAAUCCAGACGCUAUACCGGGACCCAGCCAAACGUAAGAACGUAUUUAAUCGAGAUAUCUUGAUAAAGUGGUUAAACUGAAUAUAUUUUCUGGUUCACAAUCAGAUGUAGGAAGAUAUGCGUUAGCAUACAAACAGAAUCUGCAUUUAUCUAGUUAUUUGUUUAUUUAUUGAUAAACCAAACACACCAUAAACCGUCGAAAACAAGUCUGCGUAGUUAUAGUUCCUAAAUCGAUAUCAUUGCAUUCACGCGCGUAAAAAAGAUUAUUCUAUCCUGUAAAUAUAGAGGGAGUUCGUUAUUUAUCUAUUUAAACAGUGCAAUCCGAAGAUAGCAUGGGAAAGAACAUGACUGCGUUAUAAUAAGUUUUAUAGCUAUUUUAUUCUAAACUGAUCACAUGUAAGUUUUAACGUGUUGAUAAUAUUAGCUUACCGUAAGUGGAUUUUAUGCAAACGCAAAUGAAUGUCUAUGAAAUUUAUUUCAAGAGAGUUUGAUAAUAUGAGUAACGUAUAUUCUCAAACAAAUCAUAUUUAAUUAUUGUUAUUAAUAUUAACAUAAUAACUCACAGAGUAAUUAAAUUUUGUAUAAACCGUUUAAAAAACGUAAAAUUUUAAGCAUAUAUGAUAUGCUUUCUUUAUUAUCUAUACUGUUAUUCUUAUCAGAGCAAUUAUCAAAUUCUCUUAAGAAAACCCGAUUCUACGAUAUUCAUUGUUUCAAUGUAAACUUUUAUACAUUGUCGUACGUAAACUCACUUAAUAAAAUAGUGCAAGACUCGUCUAGGUAGAGGGAUAGAUAUUCAGUAAAAACAUUGACUGAUAGGUAAUAUAUGAGAGUUAAAUGUUUUGUUUAGAAUUAUAUAUUCUGUAUUAAUGUUAUAAAACAAACGAAGAUGAUCGUACAUAGAAACGUGUCAUUCUCUCGCUAUGUAUUCAGACAAAAUUAACAAGUUCUACCGAAUUUUUGAGAAAGCUAUCGGUAUAAGUCGACGUUGCGAACAUCGUUAUAUGAAUUUUCGCAUAGCAUACAAUCUGCAUUUUUACCUCAUCUGCAAAACACUUAAUAAUAUGUCAACAUUGUAUCACUAUUAACACUUCAUAUCCCUGAAUAUAUAUAAUUUCAAAAGUUGAU